CCCUUCAUUUUAACAGACAGUUCUCUCCCAGCCGACUUGAACCGAGGGACAAAAAUGUAUUUCCAGAUCCAAGCCUUCCUUAUAUACCCAGGCGGCAUAGAAAUGAUAUUUUCAGAAGUUCUGGCGGAGUCGCAGCGAUUAUUUGUACAGAGCUUCUCGAAUUGUAUAUUUCAGCCAUGAAUUCUAUCUCCGAUUCUUCUGAUUUGAUGAAAUGUCCAAUCAAAAUUAUGGUUCCGAGAUUAUCAUCGACAACGUCGUUUUGUGACCAUGCGCGGAUGUUGAUUCAGAACUACCGGAAUUUCAAGCGGAGCUCCGAACCGGCCCGGAUUAUGUACUAUGACAACGGAUCCUGGGUCGAUUAUCCGGAAGAAGUGGUUGAACUGUUGAAAAUGGGUUUUGUGGGGGGCCAACCGGUGAUUGAGGGGAAAAUUGAUGGGUAUAAAUGUCUUUUUGACUUCUACAGGAUGCUCGAGCUUGAGUUGGAUACAGGGAAUCAACGGUCAAUUGCUUGGAUUGAUGUUAAUGGUAAGUGUUUUUUCCCCAUGGUUUUUGUUGAUGGCAAUCGAAAUAAUGAGAAUACUCUCGAGAAUUGCGAUGAGAGUGGUGUUAAAGUAGAAAUCGAGAUAAGAAUAAGCGAAAAUUCGGGGAAUUUAGAGGGUUCGAAUUCUUGGGAUUUGAAUAAAUGCGAAAAUUUGAAUAAGAGGAAGAGAGAGUGUUUGGAAAGUACAGAAAAAGGAAAAGCUGAAGGGAGUUCAUCCAAUUUUAAUGAUGCCAAAAGGAGACAAAUAGUUGGCAAUGAAAUUCACUCAGCGAGGUGGCCGGGUCUGAGAGUAUUGAGAGCAGAUGAAAAGGGAUAUUUAAUAGUGAAGAAUUUGUUUUUGUCCGGGAUGGGGAUGUUGAAGCACAGUGCUAAAAUUACUUCGAUUCAUCGAUGCGUGAGGACCAGUCCAUUGGAUCAGGCACGUCAUGUAAUGUUUCUGAAGCAGAUGGAGAUCACAAAAAUCGCCAGAGGGGAUAGUAAUACAAUUUUUGCGUGGUAUGGAACCUCGGCCAAGGGUGUGGAGAGCAUUUUGAAACAUGGGUUUGGUAUGCCUGGCAAAGUUCCUGGUCCUCAAGGAUAUGGCGAUGGGAUUUAUCUAUCUCCUAUACGAUCACCCGACAAUAGUGCAAUGUUUACAGAGACAGAUGAGAAUGGGGAGAAGCAUAUAAUUCUUUGUCGUGUGAUAUUGGGAAAAUGUGAGAAGAUUGGAGCAGGGUCUCGGCAGUUACAUCCUUCGAGUGUGGAGUAUGAUUCCGGUGUGGAUGAUUUGAAGAAUCCUAAGUGGUAUGUGGUGUGGUGUGACAACAUGAAUACCCACAUUCUUCCGGAGUGUGUUGUCAGUUACAUACCCAUAGACGUGUCAGAUCGUGAAAAUGGUAUGUCAAAUGUGAAUUGGGUUUCUCAUGGUUCGAAUUCCUUGAUUGUGGAGUUAUUUUCCAAACUGAAAAGUUCUCUCUCUCUCCCUAAAAUUCAAGAAUUCCAAACGUUGUGCGGUGCAUAUAAGGAAGGGAAAAUGGGGAAGGAUAUUUUCAUGACAAAAUUACGAUCUGUUGUUGGGGAUGAUGUAUUGCGGUCUGCUUUCAGUGAUAUUCGUGGCUGAGAAUUAGGUUUUUCUUUUGUAUUUUUGCAAUGAAAAAACUUGGAACUUUUUCUUGUACAUGUCUAUUUCGUACUGCAAUGUGUAUUGUCACAACUCAUAUGACACACAAUGAUUCAUUCUGACAUGGAAAACAAGAUAAACAUAGGCCUAGAACUUAGAUUUUAUUUUUAUGUUGUUCAUAUUCCCCCCUUUAGUAGAAAUGAUUUGUCUUUAUCCUCUGCUUCGUUCUGAAUUCUGAGAUAUUGAAAUUAGAUUCAUGCCCUUCUGUA